CCUCUCCGCUCCGCUGCACCAGCACAGAGCAUAGAGCAUUCACCGGCGGGUCGGUCGUGUCACGAACAUGGCGGCCAUUAGUAAAUAUCUGACAGCUAAAAACUCUUCCAUAGGUGCCGGGGUUCUGCUGGUUUUAUACUUGCUCAGACAGAGAAGACGGGCGAGCAGACGGCGCAGACAAGGGUCCACAGAGCUUCUCCUGACCACAGAGAAAGAUGUGCGGAAGGACAAGGCUGUCGUGGACAGAGUGUUCUUCCUCAGAAUACUGCGGAUACUGCGGAUCAUGGUACCCAGGUUCUUCUGCAUGGAGACUGGGUACCUACUCCUCAUCGCCUCCAUGCUGGUGACCCGCACAUACUGCGAUGUGUGGAUGAUCCAGAAUGGAACCAUGAUAGAAAGUGCAAUUAUCGGACGCUCCACUAGAGACUUCAAGACCUUCCUACUCAGCUUCAUCAAAUUCAUGCCAGUGAUCGCCUUAGUGAACAACUUUCUGAAGCUGGGCCUGAAUGAGUUAAAGCUACGAUUCAGGGAGAGACUCACCAAGAACCUGUACGACCAGUACCUUCAAGGGUACACGUACUACAAAAUGGGAAAUCUGGACAACCGGAUCGCCAAUGCCGAUCAGCUGCUCACACAGGACGUGGAGAAGUUCUGCAACAGUGUGGUGGACCUCUACUCCAAUCUCAGCAAGCCGCUGUUGGACAUUGGCCUGUACAUUUUCAAACUCACAAGUGCCAUUGGAGCUCAGGGCCCUGCGAUCAUGAUGGCCUACUUGCUGGUGUCAGGCCUGUUCCUGACCAGGCUUAGGAGGCCCAUUGGAAAGAUGACUGUGACAGAGCAGAGGUACGAGGGAGAGUACCGCUAUGUCAACUCCCGCCUCAUCACCAACAGUGAGGAGAUCGCCUUCUACAAUGGGAACUUGAGGGAGAAGCAGACCAUCCACAGCACCUUCAAGAAGCUGGUGGACCAUUUACACGCCUUCAUCUUCUUCCGCUUCUCCAUGGGCUUUGUGGACAGCAUCAUUGCCAAAUACAUAGCCACAGUGGUGGGGUAUCUGGUGGUGAGUCGGCCGUUCCUGAACCUGUCGGACCCUCGGCACUUGCACAGCACUCAGUCAGAGUUGCUGGAGGACUACUACCAGAGUGGACGCAUGUUGCUCCGGAUGUCCCAGGCCUUGGGCAGGAUCGUCCUGGCGGGGAGAGAGAUGACCCGCCUCUCUGGGUUCACCGCCCGCAUCACAGAGCUCAUGAAGGUGCUGAAGGAGCUGAACGCAGGCAAAUACGAGCGCACCAUGGUCCAACAGGAUAGAGAGUCUGACACUUCCCAGAAAAUACCGCUGGUGCUAGGCAAUGGCCGAGUCAUCAACCAGGACAACGUCAUCAAGUUUGAGCACACGCCGUUAGCGACGCCCAACGGAGACAUCCUCAUUAGAGACCUGUCCUUUGAGGUGCGGUCUGGGGCAAACGUGCUUGUGUGCGGACCAAACGGUUGUGGGAAGAGCUCCCUGUUCAGAGUGCUCGGAGAGCUGUGGCCUUUGUUUGGAGGAGAGCUGACCAAACCAGAGAGAGGAAAGCUCUUCUACGUCCCACAGAGGCCGUACAUGACGCUGGGAUCUCUGAGGGACCAGGUCAUAUACCCAGACACACAGGAGCAGCAGAGGAAGAAGGGCAUUUCAGACCAGGUUCUGAAGCAGUACCUGGACAAUGUGCAGCUGGGGCACAUCCUGGACAGAGAGGGCAGCUGGGACUCUGUGCAAGACUGGAUGGACGUACUGAGCGGAGGAGAGAAGCAGAGAAUGGCUAUGGCUCGAUUGUUCUACCACAAGCCUCAGUUUGCCAUCUUGGAUGAGUGCACCAGCGCUGUGAGUGUGGACGUGGAGGACUUCAUCUACAGCCACUGUCGCACGGUGGGCAUCACCUUGUUCACAGUGUCCCACAGAAAAUCUCUGUGGAAGCACCACAAGUACUACCUCCACAUGGACGGCAGAGGGAACUACGAGUUCAAGCCCAUCACGGAGGAGACAGUGGAGUUUGGCUCCUAACACUGUCCUUCUGCUCUGGUCCAGUCCGCUCCUUUGCACUCACAUGUGGACAAUAAACACGUCCUUUUUAAUCACCUCUUCGUCCUCUUACCACUCUGAGGGUUAGUGCAGCAUUAUCUGUGCUUCUGUUAGGCAGUGGCCUGUGUCAGCAGUAAGUAUCUGCUAUCCAUAGUGUACAAUACUACAGCACGUUUCCACAGCAAUAUAGUAGGGCAUCAGGCAGGUGUUUAGUGCUGCCUCCCACAGGGCUCACAUGGCAUUAUCACCUGCAAAAGGAAUACUGUAAUAAGCCACUAGAAUAACACUAAGUUCAGUCCAAUGAUGUUUAAAUCCCUGUAAUUACAAGGCAAUCUGUGUCACAAAUGUGUCAAACUAAAACUGUAACUGGCAAGGAUCAAAAUGAGGCAACAGGAGUACAAGAUCAAUUCUGGAUCUUAAAUAGUCAAAUCAUAAUACUGUCUAUAUCUGAGGUUGAUCUUUGCUAAUGUAACUAAGAACAUUCUAACUAUAUUCCUCUUCAUAAUGUUAUUAAUAUGAUAAAGUUAUUUGAUCAUGUGCAGCUAUUCUACGUCAAGUGAUACUAUCAGUUACAUCACGCUGGAGGAGUGUUCAGCAGUAACCAUGGUGACACACAUUAGGGAACACAGCCUGAUGCAUUUAAACUCAAGAAAAAAUACAAAAUGGAAACAACACAUUCUGAGGAGUCUGUGACUGCCAUUUCUGAGGAUUUUUUUUUUUUUUUUAACCAUACAGAUCAGCUCACCUGUUGUGGUUCCAAGUCAGUUCUUUAGAGUCAGAUUGUGGUAAAACAAAAUUUAAAGAUUAGACUCAGACGGAGCAGUGCCUCUAUUUAGCUUUGACUUGUCCUUCGGGGAUGUUAAUGACAUCACUUGAAUGGUAUCAAUUAAUUUGCAUCCUUGUAUAUUUGGCCUGGCAUUUUUAGUUCUGAUUGGUUAUUAUUUAGUUAAUUGGAGGUGGAGGGUUCACUCAAUAAGAUGGACAUAGUGGAACAGAAUGGUGAAGGCUCAGUUAGGCAGUUACAAUCCAAACUUGUGCCAAAUAGUAAUGCAGCAUUUGUCUUACACUUGUGUUUUGUUUUUUGUUUUUAAUUUGAGGUGGGUGAAGUGUCUUGCCCUGGAGCACAAUGGCAGUAUGCAGUGGUCAGAGCUAAAGUCAAACCACAAACCUUCGGGGUGAUUAUAGCUCUAUCCACAAGGGCUGCAUGAUUAAUCACAAUUAAAUCAAAAUGUCUGAAUGGCAAAUCACAAAGGCUGCAGUUUUUGCAGUACCAUUAUUUUCCCCCCACCAACAAAAUGAAAUGUCUUAUUCUGCAUGAAAGUUGCUAAUCUUGUAGUUUAGAUCUGUACAAACCUGUUCUGAAACCCGAUUGUUGUAUUAGUUUGUCAUUUCAUAUUUCACAUUUUCAAAUUGGAAGUUUAAAAGGUGAACUUUGAAUAGAAUCCUAUUAUUUAAACAUACAUGGUAAAUCUUAUCACAAUCUCAAUCUUGUGUUUUAAAAAUCGCAAUUUGAUAUUUUUCCCAAAUCGUUCAGCCCUGAUAUCCACUGACUCACUGCUGCCUCAUGCCCUACGCUCAGAACAUGAGAAACAUGCUAGUGCCCUGUACUGCUGUGGAAACCUACUUGUCUCAUAUGGUGGUCAAAAUGGAGAAGUCUAUGAUGAAAUUAAUUUAUAGAAUGUUAUUGUAAUUUUUGUAGAAUUAUGAAUGCUUCAAACAUUAAGAAUCUAAUCUUUGGUUGGACCCAGUUCUGUUUGACAAAUGCCAAAAGAGAAUCAGUGUUUGGAUUCACAUAACUUGCAGUUUGGUGAGAAUAAUUUGUCUAAAUGUUUCUUACAAAAUUGCAAUGUUUUAACCCACAAUGUCUCUCAUAUCUGUUGAAAUACUGUAGUACAAGUUGGUAAUCUGGGUUUCUGGACAUGUGAAUCAAAGAUUAGAUUAUUGUGUUCUAUCUGACGUUUAAUAUUAUAUUUGUCAUGUAUGUUUAUGUAAUUGUAAAUGAGCUAACACGUCUGAAUUGGACUAUGGGGCUGGAUGAAGUCUUCCACAGCGUUGACCAAAAUCAUGUGUUCAUAAUCCUGCUCUUAUGAUCAGACUGAAAUAAAAACUAAAUUUGACUACA